AAUGCGCACGGCUUCAUUACUGGUUUCCCUAAUGGAUACCAAACAGUUGUUGGAGAACGAGGAAUACAAUUGUCCGGUGGUCAGAAGCAGAGGAUAGCUAUCGCUAGAGCUCUCCUGAAAGAUCCUCCAAUUCUGGUUCUCGAUGAAGCGACUAGUGCUCUGGAUGUGGAGAGUGAACGUUUGGUGCGUGAUGCCUUAGAUCGCGCCAUGAAAGGUCGAACUGUCUUGGUGAUUGCCCACAGACUAAGUACCAUAAGGAAUGCCGAUCUGAUCUGCGUUAUCAAAGAUAAAAAGGUGCAAGAGCAGGGUACACACGAUCAACUAGUCAGGAAACGCGGGCUCUAUUACAAUUUGGUUAAAUCACAGUUCCAGGAUAAUUAA